AUGAAUGAAGCCCGUCGUAAGUUUUACUCAGACUUUAUUGUUGAAAGUAACUCCAAUCAAAGGAACCUAUUCUCGGCAACAAAGAGGUUGCUAAAUCAAGGUCAUGAAGCAACUUUUCCACCAACUAGUGACAAGCUGGUUUUAGCCAAUGAAAUGGGUAGCUUCUUUGUUGAAAGGAUUGACGCCAUCCAUGUCAAACUGGAUAGACUAGCCGAUUGUUUGCAUGAUUCUCAUUUUGACUAUGUGAAAACGCUACCAACUAGAACACUGGACAGCUUUAUCCCUUUAACUGAAAGUGCUGUUAGUAAGUUGAUUGGCUGCUCUCCUAAGAAAAGCUGUAUGUUUGAUCCGAUAUCAACAUCUAUGGUAAUCAGCUGUGCUGAUGUGCUAUUACCAGUCAUUACUAAAAUGAUCAACCUGUCUCUU